UGGCGAGCUGUUCUUCAAAGGAUGGGCCAUCAUGGAGGAGUUCGUGGACAAAGAGGGCUGGAUCCACACCGGAGACGUGGGGCACUACGACGCUGAUGGCAACUUUUACGUCGUCGACAGAGUAAAGGAACUCGUCAAAUACCGUGGUGUUCACGUAUCGCCUUCGGAGCUGGAGGCGUGGCUGCUGGGACAUCCGCAGGUGUCUGAGGCAGUGGUGGUGGGCCUGCCGCACGACGAGGACCAGGAGCACCCAGCAGCCUUCGUCGUACUGGCCCAGGGCGCUACCGUCACUACUGACGAACUGAAGCAGCUGGUAAAAGAGAAAGCCCGGGGCAGCGAGGAGAAGCUGCUACAUGGGGGUGUCUUCCUAGUAGACUCCAUCCCUCGCAUGGCCACUGGAAAGGUCAGCAGGGGGCAACUGCGGCAGUCUCUCCUGGAGAGGAUCAAAGGAAGGGCCUAAGUACACUCUCAGGAAUAGCAACUGACGUCUUCUGCGCUUCACUGCAG